UGUUAGCUCACGUUUUUUCAAUGAGUGACAUUAGUUUGUAGAAUAACACAACUAUCAAUGCAUGCACACUGAAUAGGAUAGGCAUUUUGGCAAAAAUGUCAAUACUACGCAUAUUUACUGUCAAUGUCAGUAGUUAUCGAUACCUCUUGAACACUAAAAACCUUCGUUUGCUUACGUUGUUGACAAACGAGCUAUCGUCGACAAGCGCGAAGUCAAACAGAAAAAUAUGGCGGAGUCGCGACGUUCGGAAAUCAUUCGUUGACUAUUUCAACAAAGAUAAUGGGCAUCUCAUCGUGCCAUCAUCGUCGGUCAUUCCCACGAAAGGUCAAGGGACAUAUUUUACAAAUGCUGGAAUGAAUCAGUUUAAGCCAAUAUUUCUUGGCAUGACGGACCCCGACAGUCGCCUGUCGAGCUAUCGCCGGGUUGUGAACAGUCAGAAGUGUAUUCGUGUUGGUGGGAAGCACAACGAUCUCGAUGAUGUGGGUGCUGAUCUCACUCACCACACAUUUUUUGAGAUGCUCGGGUCGUGGUCAUUUGGAGAUUAUUUCAAGAAAGAAACUUGCAGCAUGGCAUUAGAUCUGUUGACGGGCGUGUUCCACUUACCAAAGGACCAGCUCUAUGUCACAUAUUUUGGGGGUAACGAGGCGCUUGGACUUGGACCAGACCUAGAGGUCAAGGACAUCUGGCUGUCUCUUGGGAUGGCCGCGAGUCACGUUCUGCCGUUUGGGACGAAGGACAACUUCUGGGACAUGGGCGAGAGUGGGCCGUGCGGGCCGUGUACAGAAAUACACUUCGACCACGUCGGUCACGGCCGAGACGCGGCGGGUUUGGUGAACCGCGACUGUGCUGAUGUCGUUGAGGUGUGGAAUCUCGUCUUUAUAGAGUUCAACAGACUUCCCGAUGAGAGCUUGGUGCGACUGUCGAAGAGUCAUGUGGACACAGGAAUGGGACUGGAGCGGAUGACGGCAAUCCUUCAUGGAUCCCGUUCUAAUUACGACACAGACCUCUUUCAGCCACUGUUCACGAGAAUCGAGAAAGUGACCGGAGCUCCACCAUACCGAGGUAGGACAGGGGCAGACGACUCUGAUCUGAUAGACCGGGGAUACAGAAUCCUGGCAGACCACGCCCGAAUGAUCUGCGUCGCCAUCGCCGAUGGACUCCUUCCAGGGGGAGAUAACCUUGAACACAAACUCCGGCAGAUAAUACACCGGUCUAUGAAACAAGCGGAAGACAUUUUCCGUACCAAGCGAGGCUUACUACUAUCCCUGGUUGACGAUGUUGUGCAGUCGCUGGGCGAUACAUAUCCUGAACUGGAAAAGAAUUCUGAAAAAAUCAAGGAGGUGUUGAGGCAAUCAGAAGAGAACUAUUUCCAAAUGAAGGCGAAGGGAAUUCAAGCUUUUGAAAGAAUGCUUAGAAAAGAAGGUGUACCCUCUUUCAAGUUAGCAGGUAAAACGGUUUGGCAACUACAUCAAGGUAGAUUCGGUGACCCGGUGUUUCUUGAUCAGAUAAUGGAUCUGGCAGAGGAGAGAGGACUGCAUAUUGAUAUGGAUGGGUUUUACCGCAAGCAACAGGAGUUCAAAGAACAGUCCCAGACUGCCUCAGCCAAGAUGGCUGGUUCAAAGAUCGAACUGUACUUUCCAGCACUGGACGUUCUGUGGGAGAGAGGAGUUCCUAACACAGCCUGUUCAGACAGAUACAACUACACGAAGACGGAUGGACAUUACGCUUUUCCUUCACCACGGGGACAAGUCGUAGCCUUACUGACUGAGGAUAGACUCACAAAGUCAGUGUCGAGUGGCGACGUUUGCGGAAUUGUUCUUGACAGGACGUGUUUUUACCACGAGAGUGGUGGGCAGGCGGCCGAUCAUGGAACCAUCACUACUGAGGUGACUUCGGGUUGUUUUGAAGUGUCGGAUGUCCAAGACUUCUAUGGGUAUAUUAUCCAUAUCGGCACGGUUACCGACGGAUCUAUUCAGAUGGAAGAUUUUGUGAAGCCAAGAAUUGAUGAGGAGUUCCGUCUGGCGUGUAUGAAAAGCCACACAGCCACCCACAUGCUCAAUGUCAGCUUGUCAUCCGUGGUGGGCGAUAUCGCCCAGAAAGGCUCGGAUAUCAGCGGAGAAAAGUUUUCAUUUGAUUUUUCUUCAUUGAGCUCUCUGAGCGUUGACUCAGUGCAAACCGUGGAGGAGAAAGUGAACACAGAAAUUAAAGCAGGUCUUGACGUCCACACUCGGGUUUUGUCUCUCGACGAAGCACUGAAAAUAAAAGGAUUGGUGUAUCUCGGUAACGAGGACUACCCGCAACAUGUUCGAGUUGUCAUGAUUCAAGAUUCAGACACUCAGGUUUCCAGUGAACGUGAAUUCUUUUCAGCUGAACUCUGCGGUGGAACUCAUGUACGGAAUUCUGCUGACAUUGAACAUUUCUGUAUAACAAGACAGAAGGGCGUGGCUGCCGGAACAAAGCGACUUUCCUGUGUCACAGGCAAACAGGCUGUACAGGCACAAGAGAAUGGACGGACACUGAAAGAGAUGUUUGAACGUCUGGAAGAAGAAGUGAAAAAUCAUUUGAAUCCGAUUGGCUGGCUGGAGACAGUGAAGAACAUCAACAAGUUGCUCCAAGAAGACUUGUUGCCAAAGGUCAUCCGAGAAGAAAUUGCAGGAAAACUGGAAAUGUUGGGAGAAACUGUGAAACAUGAAUAUAACAAGGAAAUCCAGAAAUUAAUACAGCAGGAAAUUCUACAACUUCAAACUGAAUGUCCGAAAUACAUUGUCAAACAGAUUGGAUGUCAGACCGAUAACAAACAGCUGAUGAAAGCCAUAGCUGAAUUGAAAAUUACUCAACCAACAGCCGUUCUUGCGGAGGGGGAGAGAGCCUAUCUUGUUUUGUUGUGUGCACAAAAGAACAACGCCUCUGCGAGUGAAGUGUUACAGUCUGCCAAAGAUGUCCUGUGUCAGUCUAUUAACUCAAAGGUGUCUGUUGCCAAGGUGGGAAAAGACAAUAUUGGACACAUGUUGGUAGUGAAGGGAAACCUGCAGCCAUCAGAGAUAGCCAGUGUCAUACAAGAUUCAUUUGUCAAGAGUGUUAGCAGAUAGCAGCGCUUCCAGAAAGAAUUUUUUGUGUUUGUCUAAAUAAUAAAUAGUGGUGUUCUCAUUGGCGAUUAUAAUGGAAAAUGAAUGAAUCACUUAGGUUCUAGCAAGGAGAUGAUUGACUAUACAAUCUAACAUAUACAUGUAUGCAUAUGUGAGUGACAUAAAAUAUUUUUGGUUUUAAUAUAUAUACAUGUAUGUGUAUAUAUAUAGAUACAUACACAGUAAAACUCCCCUAAACCGGACACCCUCAGGA